AUUUACAGGUACUCCAUCUCAGAGAUGAACGGUAAAUACUCUUCCGUCACCCAUCACCAAAUACUCUUCCAGCACUGGUAGCAAAUACAGAGCAAAUGCAAAUGGCGAUCGGAAACCUAUCCGAAGAUUUGCUCAUGGAGAUUCUGUGUAGGCUUCCCGUGAAAACCCUUCUUCAAUUGAAGUCAGUCUGCCAGAACUGGUAUGCUCUCAUCCAAAACCCUAACUUUAUUUACCUCCACCACUAUCGCACCGCCUCUAUCGCCGCCGAUGAAAACACCGACAGCCUCCUCGUUAAGCGAUUCCUCGACGGCGGCCUUGGCGGCGGCGUAUUAUCCUUUGUCCCCAACGAAGCCCCAGUUGAGGAUAUAGACAUAUCUUCCACUGGUCUAGAUAUUAAACACCUACAGAUCUUGGGCCCUUGUAAUGGCGUCGUUUGUCUCACCCGAUACGGUUUAAACUCCCCCCUUGUGCUAUGCAACCCUUCAGUGAAAGAAUUCAGGGUACUUCCUCAACCUUCUUAUAAAAAUGACCGUAGGAGCAAUUUGGGAUUUGGGUAUGAUCCAUUUACAGAUGAUUAUAAAGUGGUUAGAUUUGCCAAGAUGGGUAUGGGUAUACCCACUAGGGGCAUUGAUGGAAAGAUUGAAAUAUAUUACUCGAGUACAGAUUCUUGGAGGGUAGUUGACACUGAGUCUCCUUUCCAGUCCGGUUUCCACUGUUGUCAUGAUUCGUACACAUCGUGGAAUGGGGAUUGUUUCUGGUACGCAUACCGUUACCAUAAUGGUGGUGCAGUGAUCAUGUUUAGCAUGACCGACGAGGUAUUUGAAGAGAUGCCCGUGCCGGAAGUUUGCUUUUUAGAUGAGUACAGUGAAAAGAAACUCUUCGUUUUGAACAAUUGCCUUGCCAUGGUUAUUUAUCCAAACUCGUGGUCAAAUCCAUUUCUUUGGCCACCUGAAGAGUUUUUGAUUGAGAAGUCCUUUGACAUAUGGGUGAUGAAUAAAGAGGAUGUUGAGGUGUCGUGGACUAAAAAGUUCACUGUCGGACCCUUUGAGCGAUUCGACUGGGCAUUGGGAUUCCGACAAAAUGGUGAGUUCCUACUUGAGAGCGGAUAUGGACAGGUGAUGUCAUACAACCUUAAUUCUCAAGAAAGGAAGGAGUAUGAAGUCCAUGAUCAAGUUCAUGGUCAUCCUCCACCACCAAAUUUACAAGUUCUUCCAUACAUAGAGAGUUUGGUUUCUAUCAAGAGAUACAAUGAGCAUGAUGGACACAUUUGAUUCGUAGAUAUGACUCCUUUAUGGGCUUUUGUGAACUUCAGGUGGUAAAAUGUACGGUAUGUGCUGCGCAAUGGGCUUGCGAGUCCUUUAGGUGGUUGCUGUCAUUUCCAAUACUGCUAAAGGAAAAAGAAGAAGGUAGAUGAAUGGUUCACAUCGGCCUCUGAGAGGUCUCCUCUAUAGCGAUUUCUUCCGGUAUGCAAAUAUAUGCAAAGAAGGAAAGGUUUGAGUUUCAUGGCUGGGACAAUCGAUAGCCAUGUUCAAUAUAUUCUGUCCUGAUUUUACUUGUCUUUUCUGUAUUGCUUGCCUCCGCAUAUGGUCUUAAUGAAUAAUGAUACUAUUUCCGACUUUGUCACUCUAAUGUCAAGACACUAUUGUACGACACAUUAAAUUAACUUGGGUUUUUUUGAAUGUGUUUUGAAAUGGAAUUUCCUAGAUUACAAAUAUCGUCUUAAUCAUUCAUCUGACUUUUUCACUCUCAUGUUAAGAAACACAUUAAACUGGUUUCUGAACCACAACAAAAAAUUGACCGUUUGAUGAAAUUGGAAUUUCUUAUUAAAACCAAUCUCUGAAUUACCUGCAUUUGCUGAAGGGAGACACCGAAGUGUAGUUCAUUAGUGGAUCAAGGAGAGUAUUUUUACUCUUUGGCUGGGGUUAUGAAGGAAGUUAUUAAUUGAGGAAUUUGCCACCGAUUUUAGUUUUUUUCCUGUAAAUGUCCAUAACAUAUGGACUAUGGUAACUAAAACCCUAGCAGCUACCAAAGUACAAUGGUGAAUGAUGUUGCACAAGAUCAGAAGCACAUUGGGAAGAAACAAGGUCAAUCUUUAGAAGCCAUAACUCAUACCUUCUAAUGUUGUCCCACCACCCAAAAAAAUCCAGUGCUAUGGCCAUGAUGAAAAGCUGCAUGUUCAGUGGUAUUAUUCCUUGUUAAAUAAUUGCUGUUGCUUUUAUUUGAAAUGUUUUUUCCAUCUAGUUCACUUUACGAAACUACGUAGCAUUUGUUUCUAA